ACUGUCAGUUUGACACGUCAUUUUUAGGUUAUGAGGAAAACGAAAGGGUGUAAUGUUUAUUUUUAAAAAUCAGUGUGUAUAUCUUGCUUAAAAUGUUUAAAAAACUGAAAGAAAAAAUUACAGAGGAGGUUAAAAUUUCUCCACAACGGUUUGCUGAAUUUACACAAUCCGUUAGUGAUAGAUUACAGAGUACUUCAAAUUCAGACGACAAUUUCUUUUCAAUUGGAGAAGAUGAUGCAAAUCCUUCAACUGAUAGUAAUAACCACGGUUUUUCAAGUGUUCAGUUGAUGUCCCCAACACAAGAAAGAACUAGAAAAAACUCAACAUCUUCUUUAGCCAGUGAUGUAUCAUUUCUUCCCAGAUAUGAACCCGGCAACAUGUAUCAUUUACAAUCUGAUUUGGAUAUUUCGGCUAGUGAGAUUGAAGACAAUGUUUCUACAGCUUCUUCUCAAUUAGGGCAUCUAACUAAAGAACAGAUUUACUCAGCUUUCCAAAAAUCUCAGUUGAGGUACCAUAAGUAUAGAGGCCGAUAUACUGAUUUAUCAAGACACUACAAGGAUUUAGAAAGAGAAAAUGCAAAAAUGAAGAGUGUACUGGUAGAAACGCAAGACAAAGCAAUAAGAAGAGUAACAGAAUUGAAAGAACAGUGUAGUUUGGAACAAACGGCCAAAGCUCAUUUAGAAAGUGCAUUGAGAAAUGAUCUAGAGGAGAAGAAUUACAAAAUAAAAAGUUUACAAACAAAAAUAGACCUUUUACAAAAUGAAAAGUCUUCAAAUGCCCUUAUAAACAUAGAAGAUGAUGGGAAUAAUCUAGAAACUUUGACAAAAUACCUCAACGAAUCUAGGAAAGAAAUAGAAUCAUUGAAUUCGAAAAUUCAAGAAUUAAAAGCAAACAGUAUUGUAUUUCAGAGCAAAGAACAGGAAUAUAAAAAUAAAAUAAAUAAUUUAGAAAAAGAAAUUGUACAGUUUUCUGAACGAGAAAAAGAAAACAACUUGAACUUGGCUCAAAAUAAAAUGGAGCUUCACAAUGAAAUUCUACUUAAAGACAAUGAAAUCUCCAGUUUGAAAAGGGAUCAUGAUCAGCUAAAACAAAAACUGGAAACUCUGGAAGCUGAUAGUAAAACUAACAAUAACCAAAAAUUGGAAAAUCUUCAAGCUCAAAACAAAAAACUGAUUGAAAAAGUUGAAAAUUUGUCACAAAAAUGUAAUAAUCUCGAAGCUGAACUACUUAAAAUAGAAACCUAUAAGUUGGAAAUAAAGAAAUGCAAAGAAAAAGAAGACGAAAGUGCGAAAGCAAUAAUUGAAUUAGAAAAAGUCGUAGAAAAAUUAACUAAAAAUAAUUCUGAGCUAAAUAGCUCUUUACUCAAUGAACGUGAAUCUUAUGAAAACCAGAUUACUCAAUUAAGAGAAGAUGCUAAAAAAGGACUUUUAUCCUUAGAGCCUAAGAUCAGAGAAAAGAUCCAAAACGAAUUUAUCAUCAAAGAAGAAGAACUUCAAAAAGAUUUCUCCAAAAAAAUUCAAGAGCUAAGUUCCACCAAUAAUACCACAAAAGAAGUACAAAUACAGCUUUUCCAAAAAGACGAUCUUAUUAAAAAAUUAACAGAUGAACUUAAUGAUACAAAAACAAAACUAAUUAAUAAGAUUGCCACUCAUUCAGAUCUAGAAAAAGAUCAUUUGGAUCUUAUUGAAAACUGUACAGAACUUCGAAAUAUUAUAUCUAAUUUAGAGAAAGAUAAGAUUAAUCUAGAUUCACAAGAAGAAAAAAUUUCAAGGCUUGAAUCACAUAUUGAUACUUUGCAAGAAGAACUAAGAACAUCAAAAGAACAUGUUCAAGAAGCUGAAAAGGAAUUGAACAAUAUUAAAGAAGAGUUAGUUGAAACAUCAGAACAAUUGAAGAUAAUGGAAGAAAAGAAUGAAACAAUAGAAUCACAAUCUUCAAAUAUUUUGAAAUGCAGAGAAGAAGAAACUAAUAAGAUAAUUGAAGACAAAAAUGAAGAAAUACAAAAACUAAAGAAUACUCUAGAAGAAAAAAAAGACAAGUAUAAAAAUCUUAUAGAAGAAAAUUCAAAUUUAAACAUGGAAUUAGCCAAAUUAAAGGAAACUAUUAGAUUACUAGAAGAAAAGAUAAUUGCAAUUGAAGUAGCAGAAGAUGAAGCAAAAUUAAUGAAACUAAAACUAGAACAGUUAGAAGAAAUCAACAAUAAAAAUUUAGAAUCGUUUGAUAAAGAAUAUGAUUCCAUUAUAAAACAUAUAGAUGACAUUUGGAAAGAAUUAAAUGUAAGUGAAAAAGAAACAAACCAAGAAGAGUUUAUCAAAGCAGAGCUGAACUUGAAAUUAAAAAUUUUGAAAAAUUUGUGUAAGAAAAGACAAACUUUAUACAAUAAUAUUCUUGAAGAGAAUGCUAAGUUAAAAGAAGAAAGUAUUUCUAAAUCUAUCCAAAUAGAAAAAAUUCAAGAAGAUUUUAAUAACACACUUGAUGAUAAUAAAGAUAUGAAAAUCAAUAUACAAUCAUUACACAGCAACUUGAAUGAAAAAUUAAAAGAAAAAGAAGAUUUGCUAAAUAAGCUUACAGAACAAUUGAUGGAAAAACAAAAUAAAAUAUUAUUGUUGGAAAAUGAGUUGUCAGAAGAGAAGACUAAUGGUGAGAGAAUGUCAAAAGAAAAUUUCAAAUUGCAGGAAACUUUACAGGAAGCUCAAGAGAAAUAUUAUUUGCUAGAGAAAAAGGAAGCUAUGCUGGAGGUGGCAAAAUCUGAAUGUGGCAUUAUGGAACUCAAAUUACAGCAGCUAGAAGAAGAAAAUAAACAAUUAACAUUAGCUAUCAAUGAAGAAAAAUCAAUUGCAGAAAAAACUAACCAGUCUAUUAAUGACAGUAUUAAACAACUCGAAUUUAGUAACAAGGAAUUGAAAGAAAAAUAUGAAAAUGAGAAAACGAAUGUCCAAAAUUUGAAUGAAAAAAUGGAAAAAUUAGAAAUGAAUAUUGUUGACUUAGAACAAGAAAAAGAGGAUAUAGAAACGAAAUUUAAACAAAUAAAUAUUGAAAAUGGUACUCUCCAAAAAGAAAAGGAAGAAAAAGAUUGUGAAAUACUUAUAUUAUCAGAAAAUAUAGCCAAGUUGAAUACCUCAAUUGAAAAUCAAAGCUUAGAACUUAACACUCUUCUUGAAAAAACCCAAAAAUUGGAUACAACAAUAGAAAACUUGCAAAUAGAACAAAUCGAAUCUAUAAAAAAGGAAAAAGAUUACCAAAAUGAUCUAAAUAUGACAAUCAGCAAAUUACAAACCGAAUUAGAAGAAAAAACAAUUGCCUUAAGUCAACUCAAAGAUACAAUUUUAGAACUAGAAAAUUUCCAAAAUGUUGCAGAAGAGAAUUCAAAGCAGAAACAAGAAGAGGCGAAGAACUUUGGAAACGAAUUAAAAACCAAAAACCUACAACUCAAAACUAAAGAUCAAGAAAUACAUAUUUUGAAAGAAGAAAGAGAUUGUGCAGUUGAAGAAAUUAAUUCUCUUAGAGGAGAAAUAGAAGAACUUCAUAGAGAAAUAUCCCAGAGAGGAAAUUUGGACACAAAAUUAGUACAUUCUGAAAGUGAGAAGGAAUUGUUGAAAACGGAAAGAGAAAAAAUUAAAAGAGAACUUGAAGAACUCAAUAUCAGGAUACAACAGAUCUCUUUGGAUAACAAUAAUAUGAUGGAAGAAAAUCAGAGUAUUUAUCAAGAAAAAGAAGAACUGAAAGUAGCUCUAGAACUUUUAAAAGAACAGCAAGGUAGUGAAUCAGAUAAAGAAAAGCUGAAGGGAGAUAUUAUAAGUUUAAAUAAUACCAUUGAAGAUUUGAAAAAACAGACAAAUGUCUUGGAAUUAGAAAACUUACAACUCAAAAAUGAGGUCAAACCUGUAACCAACAAUGAAGCUGAAAUAGCAAAAAUUCAAGAAGAUUUUCACGAAAUUAAAGAAAAAUGUAAUAGUCUGUUUAUAGAAAAUAUGAAUUUGAAACAGGAAUAUGAAAGUUUAGAAGAAAAAUGUAACAAAUUUGGAAAAAUCAAACAGAAAUUAGAGAUGCAAAUAAGUGAAGUUGAAAGCCUUUACAAUGAUUUACUAAAAGAAAAACAAUUGUUGGAAGAUGAAGUGCAAGAAUUAAAAACGUCUCCUAUUAACUAUGGAAAUAAUUCUGAUCGGUUAAAUGACUUGAAAACUCUAAAAGCCGAACAACUUUUAUUAAACGAUGAAGAAAAACAACAUUAUAUAAAAGAAAUAGACAUGCUUAGAGAAAAAGUAUUAAAAUACAAAUCACUAGACUUGACCAAUAAAAGCUCGAUAGAAUUUUAUGAAAAUGAACUUCAAAAAAUUAAAAAUCAAAAUGACAAAUUGAACAGGAAAUUGGAUGAGACGUUGGUGACUUUGAACCACUGUGCCGAGCUGUCAACUUCAACAGAAGUUGAAUAUUUGAGAAACGUACUCUAUAAUUACAUGUUGGGUAAAGAAAGUUUGGUACUAGCAAGGGUGAUUGCAGCUGUAUGUAAAUUCGAUCCUCAGCAAACUGAAUUGAUUUUACAAAAAGAGCAACAGAAACAGACGUUGCUUGGACAAUUGGGGCUUAUUUAACAUUUAGAAGAUUCUAUAAUAAAAGUCACCUAAAAGUAUGGUUUAUGUAACUACAGUAAAUGAAAUUUACUCAUGUCUACUGAAGAUUAACUUUCACUAAUCGACUAUGAAGAAGAAGAAGAAGGUCACGAAACAUGCAAUGUUUUCAAAUAUACAGCACUUUUUAAAAGUUGCUAGAACUUAGUUCAUUUUCUUAUUUGAAGGUAAUUCUAAUACCUCUAGCAUUCCAUAUACACUUGUUUUUAAAUUUAAUUUAGUUUCUAUGUUUUCUAUUGAAAUAAAAAUAUCAAUAGUACAAAAGCGGGCAAAGAAUUAUUUGCACCAAUGGCAGCCACGUAUAAUCUUAAUACAAAAAUUUAGAUGGAAAAUUCACGUUAUCAAAUAAACCAAAUCAUUAAUUAUUUCACUAAAAAUUGUCCAGUCCCUAUUGAUAAAAUGAGCCUAAUUGUGUCUAACUAUUUAUUUUAGUGUAUUAACAUUUUUACGAUAAACUUUUAAUUUAUAUGUAAAUAAGUAGAUUGUUAAAAUAUAUGACUUUUAUGUACGUUCUGGUAA